AUGCCGCGCCCCAAAACUGGCAUCACCGCAACUCUGGAUGAUGUUGGAAUUGAGAUAGAUGCUGAGUUAGACAGUGAUGAGGACACCAACAGGAGACCAAGAAGUGCAAGAAGACCCAGACCUGCUGCUCGCAGAACAAAAGCAAAACCAGCAGACAGUGAUGAUGAUGAUGAGGAAGAGGAAGAUGAAGCUCCUCGCCAAAGAAGAGGCAGAAGGAAGAAAGAUGACAAUUCCGAGGACAAUGAGAGCGAGAAACCUCGCGGUCGGAGGAAAGCAACCAACAGAAAGAAGACCAACGCCACAGUCCGGGACUCGGAUGUGGACAGUGAAGAGGAUAAAGGGAGCAAGAAGAAAGGAAAAGGAGCAAGCAAGAAGGAAAAAGAGGAAGAGAACAAUAAAGAGAAGACCGGAAAAGGAGCAAGUAAAGAUGGGAAGGAAAAGGGGGAUGACAAAAAGAAAAAAGGAGAUGGUAGCGGCUCAUCUUCUGGCGAGUCAGAUGUUGAGUCCCUAUCAGAAGGAGAAAUGGCUCGGCUAAAAGAGGAGGUCGAAGAAAAGAAGAAACUUAUUGCCACACUCCGAAACAAACCAUGGCGGAUGAAAAGAAGACUCGGGAUUUUGAAGGAGGCACAAGAAUUUGUAGAAAAGUUUGAAGGUGCUUUGGGCAAAGGAAAAGGGAGGAAGCUCUAUGCCUUCAAAGUCAUGAUGACCAAGAAAUUGAUCAAGUUCAAUCGUGACUUUGAUAACUUUAAGACAGCAUGCAUUCCAUGGGAGAGGAAAAUCAAAGAAGUAGAAAGUCACUUUGGGUCAUCUGUAGCCUCCUACUUCAUCUUCCUCAGGUGGAUGUAUGGCCUCAACCUCGUUCUCUUUGGCCUCAUGUUUGGUCUUGUUGUCAUUCCGGAGGUUCUGAUGGGUUUACCGUACGGCUCCAUUGCCAGGAAAACAGUCCCUAGAGAGGAGCAGCCCACCGCUAUGGACUUCUCAGUCCUUUUUGAAUUUGGAGGUUACUGCAAGUACUCCGUUCUCUUUUAUGGCUACUAUAAUAACCAGAAUACUAUAGGACUACUUAAGUUCCGUCUACCCUUGUCCUAUUUCCUAGUUGGAAUAGGAAUAUUUGGCUACAGCCUGAUGGUGGUGAUAAGGACGAUGGCAAGAAAUGCCAACGAAGGAGGUGACGGGGCAGAGGAGAGUGACUUUGUCUUUUGUUGGAAACUGUUCACUAGCUGGGAUUACCUCAUCGGAAACCCAGAGACAGCCGACAACAAGUAUGCUUCCAUCACAACUAGCUUCAAGGAAUCUAUAGUGGAUGAGCAGGAGAAUUUAAAGGACGAAAACAUUCAUUUGAGGAGAUUUCUCCGUGUCCUUGCUAACAUACUGAUCCUGUGCAGCCUGGGAGGGAGUGGAUAUCUUAUCUACUUUGUGGUGAAAAGAUCACAAGAUUUUGCUAAACUGGAUCGCAAUGAGUUAUCUUGGUAUCAGAAAAAUGAGGUGGAGAUUGUAAUGUCUCUACUGGGUUUGGUGUGUCCACCUUUGUUUGAGACCAUCGCUGAACUGGAGGAUUAUCAUCCUCGGAUCGCCCUGAAGUGGCAGCUGGGCCGCAUCUUUGCCCUUUUCCUUGGAAACCUCUACACCUUCCUGUUUGCCCUUAUUGAUGAUGUCAAUGAGAAGCUGGAGAAGGAGAAACUAAUAAAGAAUGAAACCGUCUGGGCUCUAAACCAGUAUUAUGCUAACUACACACUGUAUCACAAUGUGACAGAGAAUAUUCCCCCACCAGACAUCGCUCCUGCUGAUGUUAUCAGGGGUCCAUGCUGGGAGACUGAAGUCGGAAUUGAGUUUGUGAAGCUAACGGUGUCAGAUAUUCAGGUGACGUAUCUGACCAUCCUGGUUGGAGACUUCAUGAGAGCUUUAAUUGUGCGUUUCCUCAACUACUGCUGGUGCUGGGACCUUGAGGCUGGCUUUCCUUCAUAUGCAGAGUUCGAUAUCAGUGGAAAUGUACUUGGGCUCAUUUUCAACCAGGGAAUGAUCUGGAUGGGUGCAUUUUAUGCCCCAGGGCUGGUGGGUAUAAACAUUCUGCGCCUCGUGACCUCCAUGUAUUUCCAAUGCUGGGCUGUAAUGAGCAGUAACGUCCCUCAUGAGAGAGUGUUCAAAGCUUCACGCUCCAACAACUUCUACAUGGGCAUCCUGCUGGUCGUGCUCUUCCUCAGCCUCAUGCCUGUUGUCUACACCAUUAUGACCAUGUCUCCUUCAUUCGACUGUGGACCCUUCAGUGGGAGACAGAAGAUGUACGAUGUGGUAAUUGAGACGAUCCAGAACCUUCCAGCAUUUAUGGCCAACAUCUUCAGCUACGCGUCCAACCCAGGACUCAUCAUAUCUGUUGUACUUCUCAUGGUGUUAGCUAUCUACUACCUGAAUACAGUCUCAAAGGCCUACCAGAAAGCCAACAUGGAUCUGAAGAGGAAGAUACAAAUGCAAAGAGAUGAGGAGAAGAACCGGAGGAACAAUAAAGACAGCACUAAUCAAGUGAUGAAAGACUUGGAGGAUCUUCUGCCCAACAAAUCUUUGAUACCACCUCCACCUGCUAAAGAGGAAGCAGAGAAUCCUGCCCGUCAACCCCCUGCUGGUAAAUCUCCAAAGGUCACUGAUAAAGUUGGAACAGCCACCAAUGGUAAAGGCGUGAAAAUGCAGAAGGACGUUUCAUUGGCUGCUGUGAAUCCCCGUGCACCUGUGACCCGCUCACCAGGCCCUAGGGGUCGCGGACGAGGACCUCCACCAGUGUGAUAAGACACAUACAUUGUAAAGUAAUAUCAGCCAGAGGUGUUAUGUGUACACUAGCAUUGGGACAAAUGUAGCUAGUAAAGCCCUGGAGGAGUUUUAUUGAAUGGGAAGUUAAGUGACGGGGAAGAGGCGAGAGCGUCUCCUGGUGCAGAAUGAAGAAUAAAACUACUUAUUUCAGAUGUUCAGUCUUAUCCUCAGAGGGCCAGUUAUGGGGAGGAGGAAAGCAGAAGCCACACCUGAUAGUCAAGGAUGAACUGAUUAAAAUAUAUCAAUUCAAUCUAAUUUGUGUAGUCUUUAACAAUAGACAUUAUUACAGAGCAGCUUUACAGAAAUCUGCAGGUAAAUUUAUAUGAAUAGAUGCAGCCAAACUAGCCCUUAGAGUAAAUAGAUUAAAAGUCACUUCUAAAGCUAAAGUCACUUCAAAACUGUAAUUGUGUGUAUGUAGUAAUAUGAUCGAAGGGCAUGUAUUACAUUUGCAUAAGCCUAUUACUGCCAUUUGAAGAAAAAACUAAGCAAUUUACUAAACAAUAACAAAAAGUCUCUUGAAGCUGUGACUUAUUAUUGUACAUUAAAGGUGGUGUAUACUGUAUUUUCUGGCACCUCUGAUGCCACCAGCAUUCACACAGAGCCUGUGGACCACACAGUCAUGUCCAUUCUUUUUUUUUUUUUUUUUUAGUUUUUCUUCAUAGUGUAUAUUUGGACUGUAAC